AUGACAUUCCGCCCAGUAUACGUUCCGAAAAACUUAUAUGAUGGUGAAUUAGCUAUUGCAGGAUUGUGGGAGUAUUCCAAAGAAGUUAGUGUUGCAGCUGAAAAAGCUGGAGGAAUCAUUACUCUAUGGGCGGGACCUAAGGCUAUAUACUGUAUCAACGACCCUGAUGACGCAUUCACCGUGCUCAACUCGUGUUUAGAAAAAAGCUAUUUUUACAAAAUAGCCUUUGGCUGGUUUGGCGAUGGCCUGCUUACUUCCGACGUGGCCACAUGGAAGCAUAAUCGCAAGCUGCUGAACCCUACCUUCAGCCAGCAUGUGCUGGACGGGUUUCUUCCCAUCUUCAACCGACAGGCGGCGCUGCUGGCUCUGGAGAUGGAACAGGCUGGAACAGGCCUGUUCGAUCCUACUGAUUACUUCCGAGAAGUCACCCUUGAAACUGUUUGCCAAACUGCUUUUGGCAUCUCUCUGGACGACCGGUCAGUCAUCGACAGUGAAUACAAGGAGGCCCUUGCGGUCGCCCUAGACGGUUCCGCUCAGCGGCUUGGGAGAUUCUGGCUCCAUUCUGACUUCCUCUACCAGUUUUCUGCUCUUCGGAAAACUAUGGACGAAGCGGAGGCGGUCGUCCACAAAAUGUCUAAAAGUGUAUUAAACAAGAGAAGAGCAGAAAGGCAGGAAGCGAAAACAGCAAAUACGUCAUCCCGCCGCUUCAUCGCGUUCCUGGACCUGUUGUUAGACAUGUCGGACGACGGGUCGUUCUCCGAUGACCAGAUCCUGAACGAGCUGAACAUCUUCAUAGCGGCCGGCCAUGACACCUCGUCUCGCGCGCUCGUGUCUAUCAUGGUUCUACUGGGGACGCAUCAGGAUGUGCAAGAGAAGUUAUAUCAGGAGGUGAUAUACGUCCUGGGCCCAAGUUCGUACCUGGACAAGGAAGACAUAGCGAGACUCGUGUACACGGAGGCAGUAAUCAAGGAGGUGCUUCGCGUCAGUCCAGUGGUUCCUAUGGUGGCACGGGAGGUCGACAAGGACAUCAAACUCAAGAACUACACGCUUCCAGCAGGCAGCGGCUGCUUGGUAUUGUUCUGGGGUAUCCACCGGCUGCCGAUCUGGGGCGCGGACCGCCUGCAGUUCAGGCCGGAGCGGUGGCUGGAGCCCUCGAGCCUGCCUCGGAGCCCUGGCGCCUUCUGCGGCUUCAGCCUUGGGAGAAGGAACUGCAUAGGAAAACCGUAUGCAUAUAUGGCCGUAAAGACCAUGGUGGUGCACUUGGUACGUAAAUAUCGGAUUACGGCCGACUACAGCAAAGUGAAGCUGGAUUAUGACGUGCUACUCAAAUACGGAGACGGACAACACAUAACGUUACAACCGAGGAAAGAGAGAGAGGAAGGCAAGGAAGGAAGAGAGGAUGAAGUUAAAGAAGAUAAAUUUAGAUAA